UGUUUAUUUAUUCUAACAUUAUACUUAUGUGUAAUAGUUUAUAUUGCAGGUUUAUUAAACAACUACUUGUUGUUAGCAUCAGCAGUUAGCUACAUAUGUAUAUGUAUAUCCAUUCUUAUCCAGUGCUAUGCUCCAUGGACACAUAACACAUAAAGAUGUUCAGCAGGGAUUUUGCAGGCAGGGUUAAAAUUAGAUAAAAUGCUGUUACCUAAUGUAUUAGGUAUGAAGUAAUUGCAUUUUCAAUUAGUGACCUUGCCUGUUACAUCCGUAAUUUAUAGUCUUCAUGUAUUUUAUAUGCUUCAUAGCAAAAACAAGCUUAACUAAUUUUAUUGGUAAAGAUGAUGCUGCCUGAUUGUCUUUUACUCCUUGCAAUUAUUGGUAAUAUCCUUAAUGUUAAAGGACAGGAACCAGUGUGUGCAAAUUUCAUGGAUCAAUCACUAGUGACACAGAGAGCACAAGAGAUAGGUAAUAAUUUAGUUGGAGGAUAUCUUUCUAAUGAACUCAGAAUGCUUCAAGAAUAUGAAUUUGAUUGUAUCACAAAUAUAACCAGUCUCUUUUUGGGUAUUGAUGUGAGGAUUGCUACUGACACUCGUACGCUUUUUCCUAGCAUUCAGAUUUUCAGACGGAAUAGUGUAAAUUUUAAUCAGCUUGAUCUCAUAGAUGGCAGUGAAAGAGUAAUUUAUUAUUCCACCUCUAACGUCAGUACUACUGGAUUAUUUGAAUAUGCACUCAACCCUCCCAUGAGUAUAACACAUAGAGAUCUUCUAGCUGUAUCACAGCCACUAGAAGAAAGAAGUGUUGUCAGAUUGUACUAUGUCAAUGGGGUCAGUUCUAAUAGUGAAAGUCUAUCAUUUGGGUCUAAAAGUGUUACUCUAAAUCCAACCACUACAAACCAAUCAAUACUAAUAUAUCCAGUGUUAACAGAUAGAAACUGUCUGAUUAGCAAUUUGAUCAAUACUUCAUUUGUAAUAGAAAAUUCCCUUGGAAUACACGAGUCUCAAAUUUUUACAGGAGGAAGGCAGUACUUAUAUCCAGAAAUGAUUUUUUCAUGUAAUAGAUCUGUAGUGAAAUGGAUCUAUGCAGGCACAAUUGUAGAAAGUAGUGAUGGACAACAACCUGAACUCCAAAUAUGGCGUAAAAUAAAUUCUGAAUAUGUUAAAGUAGGAUCUAGUUUAGUUAAUGCUAACACAGUGAUUGGAACUAACCUUUAUGAGUUUGUUCCUCGGACUCCACUGCAGUUUCAAGAAAGUGACAUAUUUGGUGUUCAUAUUCCACCUUCUCAUCAGAGUCAGAUACGUUUACAUGAACAAGUAGGAACUGGUCCCAAAAAUAUAAUAAUUUCUACUAGUAAUGCAUUGUCACAAAUAAAUGCAAGUGAUUUAAUGAAACCAAUCUAUAAUAAUAUUCCAUUAAUCACAGCAGAAAUUGGUCUAGACCAACCAACUGCCACUCCUAUGACAGUGAGAAUUUCUUCAGGUUUUUAUGCUUCCAGUGUUUCUGACAGUGUAUCUGCUUUCAAUACUAUGUCUAUUUCGAAAAAUGUACCUGCAACCAGCACAAUAUCUUCUGUGUUGAUUUCUAGUGCUACUAUGCCUGUAUCAUCGGUGAAUCCAUCUAACACUGUAUAUGCAACAACAUUAUGUUCUAGUACUUCUGUUUGUGUAUUAGUAGCAGUUUCAGUGGUACUGUUUUUAAUUCUUGUAGUAACUGUCAUGAUAAUAUUUAAUAUCUUUUUUAUCCUUAUUUGGAAAAGGAGGAAGAUUGCAAGUGGGAAAUCUACAUCAAAAUCAUUAGGUUGUAAUGAUUUAACAAAUGCAACUCUUCAGGAAGAGACAUCAAUUGAAAAUUCGCUAGAUGAUUUAUCAUUGUAUAACAAUCCACUUUACAUGAGUAAUGUCAACAAUAAUCAGCAACUGUCUGUCAUUCAUAGGGAGAAUCAAGAUAUAGCAACAGAAAGAAAUCUUUCGUAUAUUUCGAACACAUGCAGUACUAAUAAUGAUGAAUUGUAUUACUCAACUGUUGUCAACAAAGAAUAAACAAGAUCAUGAUGCAGAGCUGGAACAUUCUAAUUGCACUGUUACAAAAGUAACUGCAUUGUGACUAAUCAGUGCUAUUGAUUUAAAUUUCAAAUACUUUAGUUCAGUAGCUUAAUAGUAA